AUGACGGCGUCUUGCGAGCCGCGCAGGGCACCUCCCCGCCGCCCCGAGAGCCCCUUUUCUUCUUGGUGCUUCGUGGGGAUAAUUUUGGUGGCCCUAGUGCUCCGUUUACCCACAUCCUUAGGUAACUGUGGUAAACCACCGGAGUACAAGUCUAUGCAGUUAAAUGGCACCCCUAAAACUUCAUAUUUACCUGGGGAGAAAAUAUUUUUUGAGUGUAAACCAGGAUACUAUUACUCAAAUGAUUAUCCCCUCAGUACCUUUUGUGACCAAAGUAACAUAUGGUUUCUUAUCGAUGAAGCUUGUCACAGAAAAAAAUGUCCAACUCCAAUUGUCCCAAAUGGCGAAACAUUUGACCCACAAAAGGGCUUUGAAUUUGCUAAAGAAGCUCACUUUUAUUGUAAUUACGGUUAUUACUUAAAAGGUGAACAAAUUCUAACUUGUAUACUUUCUGGAGACACAGUGAAUUGGGACCAUGAUAUCCCCACAUGUGAAAAGAUUUUGUGUAAAUCUCCUGGAAAAAUAAAUAAUGGAAAACACACAAAUAACUGGAGGGAUGUAUUUGAAUUUAAUGAAUUAGUAACUUACAGUUGUGAUCAUUCAAAAGGAGCAGAAGAGUAUUCACUUGUUGGAGAGAGCAAGCUUAUCUGUUCUGGGCCUGGCAAAUGGAGUAGUGACCCUCCUCAAUGUAAAGUGGUCCAGUGUGAACAGCCAGUAAUCCAACAUGGAAGACCACUAUCAGAAAUGAAAAAAAUUUUUUCCUACCUAGAUGAGGUUUUAUUUGAAUGCCUGAAGGGAUUCUACCUUAGUGGCAGCAACCCAGUGUUCUGUGGUGGAAACAGUACUUGGGAGCCUGCGGUGCCAACAUGUAUUAAAGAUUUCAAGCCCCCACCUCCAAUCAAGUCUUCAGUUUCAAAGUUUCCAGGCUAUUCCAAUCUUUAUGAACCAUCAGUUGAAGAGAUUAUGGAAAUAGGUAUUAGUUUAGUUAUUAAUAAUUAUUUAUUAUGA